AUGUCGGCACACGCUAAGAAGCUCAGUGCAGAGAUCAGAAAUAAAAUAGAUACGCUGACGGAACUGUUCCCGGACUGGACACAGGACGAUCUGAUCGAUUUGGUUCAAGAGUACGAGGAUCUGGAGACCAUCAUUGACAAAAUUACGUCUGGGUCUGUCACCCGAUGGGACGAGGUAAAGAAACCGAGCAAGAAGGAGAAAAAACAACUGCAACAGCAGAGUGCGAACGAGACUAGUAUACUAGAACAGUCCGGUGCGCCACACGUCUAUGAUAUAGACAACAGUGCCGCCUCGCAGAUAAAUAAACCACGCACGCACAACAGUACGAAAUAUGCAUCCAAUAAAUCCAAAAAGUUCCCAUUGCAAAGCUCACAGCCACACCACCCUGAGACAACUUCGACCUCUAGUAACGGUACGGCGAAGGCGAGGGGGCAAACGAAGCCUGGGUCGUGGGCACAGGUUAUAACUUCAGACGUGAAGAAGGCAACACCAGUGGAGAAGAAACAGGAACAUGAGUCCCUGCCACGUCCCGCCGUGUCCGCGUCCGCGUCCGCGUCCGCGUUUACGUCUGCUUCUACGCCAGGUGCCGCCCCCAAGAAGAUGAGUUGGGCUGCAGUGGCAGCACCAAAACAUCCUCCGAAACCAGUAACGGUUCAGAAGAAGGAGGCCGCUCAGCAACCAUUGGAAAAUGUCGAUUCGUUGAAACAGGAGAUUGCUAAAGUGGAAGAUGGUGCUGACGAUAACAAGCAUGACGAGGAGGAAGAGUCGUCCUCAGCGGAGGAGAGUUCUUCUUCGAGCGAGGCUGAGUCGUCCUCUGAGGAGGAGGAAACGUCUUCAGAGGAGGAAGAAUCUUCUUCAGAGGAAGAGGAAGAGGAAGAGGAACACGCGGAGAAACAGCAGACUGAGGAUGCUAAGAAACCUGAAGCGGCCGCAUUUGCCCCUGCUGCUGCUGCUGCUGCUGCUAAGGCAGAGGCUCCAGUCGUGGAGAAACCUGAAGUACCAGCCGCUACAACACCUUCGCAGCAGCCAGUCAUGUCCCCACAACAACAACAACAGCAAUUGCAACAGCAACAACAAGCCGCUGCUGCUGCCGCCGCCGCCGCCGCUGCUCAACAACAACAACAACAGUACUACAUGUACCAGAACCAAUUCCCAGGUUACACUUACCCAGGGAUGUACGAUUCGCAGACGUACGCUGCGGCAGCAUACGGCCAGCCACAACAGUACCAGCAGUACCAACAGUACCAACAGUACCAGCAAUACCAACAGCAACAGCAACAGCAGCCAGGGCAAGCUGGGAACAUCGCCGCAGCAGGUGGUAACCCACGGUACGGGUCCGCUGUCCAGCAGAACUACGAGCAAUCCUUCACGCCGGGCGUUGCCAACGCAGACCUAGCAUCCGCUGGUGCAGGUGCAGCUGCGGGUGCCGGUGCGGGUGCUACCGCGGCCAGUGUCUCCCCAGCACUUGGUCAAGUGGGGCUACAAACAGCAGCUGGUGCAGCUACUGCAGGUGUACAAGGUCAACAACCAUACGGGAACUUCUCCAUGCCUUACUACGGCCACUUCUACCAGAACUCGUUCCCCUACGGACAACCACAGUACGGUAUGGCUAACCAGUACCCUUACCAGAUGCCCAAAUCAGGUUACAACUACUACGGCCAACAGCAGCAACCACAACAGCAAGGGCAACAAGGCCAGCGGUCCUCGGACGCUGAACAGCACAGACAGUCCUCUUCCGCUCCAGCAGGUCCACAGUCCCAGCAGCAGCAGCAACAGCCACAGGACAGCCAGGACUCGUACGGGUCCGAUGACCGCAGCGGCGCAGGCCUAGAAACACAGCAACAGGCUGAAUUGACCCCACAACAGCUGCAGUACCAGCAGUACCAGCAGUACUACCAACUGCAACAGCAGCAGGCUCAGCAGCAGCAACAGGCUCAGCAGCAGCAAGGUGCGGGCGGUAAUGCCAGCGGUUCCGGUGCAUCGCAGCCCCAGUCGCAGUCGCAGGCGCAAUCGCAAUCGCAGCAGCAGCAACCGUACGGGGGCUACUCGGGCUACGACUACUCGUCGCAGGCGUCCAGAGGGUACUACUGA